UGCCGCAAAGAUUUUUCCACACUAAAGAAAAAAACUAGUCUCGAGAGAGAGAACACGACUUGGCUUUACAAAUUCAUUUCAAAAUCUAAUUUUUUUUUUUUUCUUGUAUCUGAGAACUUUCUUUCAUAUAUACUAACUUAAUUUGGCCUUCCAGGCAACUUCCAGCUUUGAAUUAUCUCAACUACUACGUGCAAUAUAAAACCGAUCGAUCGAGAUCUUGAUCAAAAUCAUCAUAGAAACAGAUCUUGAUGGCAUUGCAAAUGGUACUGUUUCGGAUGCUUGUGUUAGUCAUGAUGUGCUCAGUACUCAAUGCAUUUGAGGGAGCAUCGAACGUAAUAAACAGUUCAUGCUCAGAAUACUGUGGGAAUGUAAGCAUUCCAUACCCUUUUGGAAUCGAAAAUGGUUGUUACGUCGAAGAUUGGUUUGAGAUAGUCUGCAGAUCAUCGAAUGACUCUUAUGAUCUGGGAUUUCCAAAGCCCUAUUUGAAGAAGUUAGACCUGGAGGUGCUGAAGAUUGACAUGGAUUUCCCAGGCCAAGUUAGCGUCAACUAUCCCAUAUUUUCGAGCUGUACCGAUGGCACUAAUAGCAAAAAGAAUCUGCAGUUAGAAAAAAGUCCUUUCAUCUUCUCCGCCACCAACAACAGCUUCAUUGCCAUGGGUUGCAACAACUCAGCCUUGAUGUUGUCCAUUUUUCCCGACGACUCAAUUUCAUUUGGUGGGUGCAAUUCCCCUUGUGACAGGGCUCCAUUCACAAAUAGAAGUCAUUGCAACGCCACAAAUUGUUGCCAAACUACAAUUCCUUCUGAUCUCCAGGAAUUCUCUACAACUAUGCAGCCGAAAAGUUCCUACAAUAAUGGUAGUAGUAAGUGCAAGUAUGCAUUUUUGGUAGACCAGAAUUGGUUUGAGACCAAUUUCACAGAGCCGAAUCAAAAUAUGUCUGUUCCAGUGGUAUUGGAAUGGGGGCUUGACAAUACUACUUUCUAUUCUCUUCCCACAAUGAAAAACAUGACGGCAAGAGAAUACAAGAACUCGACCUAUAAUUGUGGUUGGUGGCUGACGUUGCGAAACUUUACUGGUCGUAUUUGUGUCUGCCGGAGUGGCUACGGAGGAAAUCCGUAUCUUCUUGGAGGAUGUGGAGAUAUUAACGAAUGUGCAAACCGUGACCUCAACACUUGUACACUUGAUACACGCUGUGAAAAUACUGAAGGUUCUUACCGUUGUGUCGCUGCUAAGAACACAAAGCUUUCCAUAAUCAUAGGUGUUAGCACAAGUCUUGGUGUAUUAUUUCUGAUUUUCAGUGGAUGUGGGUCAUACAAAGUGAUAAAGAAAAGGAUGAGGAUUAAACGCAAGGAGAAGUUCUUCAAACAAAAUGGUGGAUUACUACUACAACAACAACUAUCUACAAAUAACGAAGUUAAUGUUGAGAAUACCAAAUUGUUCAAUUCAGAGGAAUUGGAGAAGGCCACUGAUUGUUUUAGUGUGGAUAGAAUAAUUGGACAUGGUGGACAAGGCACUGUUUACAAAGGUAUGUUGGCAGAUGGAAGAAUUGUUGCAAUAAAAAAAUCCAUGGUCAUAGAUGAAGAAAAACUUCAAGCAUUCAUAAAUGAAGUCGUGAUUCUUUCACAAAUUAAUCACAGGAAUGUGGUUAAGCUACUUGGUUGUUGUUUAGAGACUAAAGUUCCGCUUCUAGUCUACGAAUUCAUUCCUAAUGGAACUCUUGCCGAAUAUCUCAAUGGACAAAAUGAGGAGUUUUCACCAACAUGGGAUAUGCGUUUACGAAUUGCUAUAGAAGUUGCAGGGGCUCUUUCCUAUUUGCAUUUAGCAGCUUCUUCACCCAUUUACCAUCGUGACAUUAAGUCUACAAACAUCCUCUUGGAUGAUAAGUAUAGAGCAAAAGUAGCGGAUUUUGGGAUUUCAAGAUCUGUUGCUAUUGAACAAACUCACCUAAGCACACUAGUACAGGGAACUUUUGGAUAUGUAGACCCUAAGUAUUUUCGGUCAGGCCAGUUUACAGAUAAGAGUGACGUUUAUAGUUUUGGUGUUGUUCUUGCUGAGCUCUUAACCGGAGAAAAAGCCAUCUCAUCAACAGGAACUAGAGAUACCAAAAGUUUGGCUGCAUUUUUUGUUAGUUCAAUGGAAGAGAACAAUUUAUUUAACAUCCUUGAUAGUCAAGUUUUGAAGGAAAUGGAAAAAGAAAAAAUCAUUGCGGUUGCAAACCUUGCGAAAAGAUGCUUGAACUUGAAAGGAAGGAAACGACCUACAAUGAGAGAAGUUGCAAUGGAAUUGGAGGCCAACCAAAUGUCACAAAAAUUAGCUUUUGACCUUCAGCAGAAAUAUGGAGAGAUUGAAGAUGUUAAAAUUGAAAUAUCUGAGCAAUGUGAUGUUGUUUCUAUAUCAACAAUGUCAAGCAUGGAUAGUGCCAUCGCAACCUCAUCUUUCGAUACAAAACCAUUAUUGAUAUCUUCUUAAUCAUCAAGUGAUAUUACACCUUGAUUUGUGUUUUAUUAUAAAUAUUUGUUCAAUUUCAUCCUGUAAGCUCCAUAAUUUGCUCUUUAGACCAUCUUAUGGUAGUAUAAUGCAUAAACAUCCAAGUUUCUAUUCA